AUGGCGCGCCGCCCCAUCCUUGCGCUGGCUUUGCUGGGCUGCAUCUACCAGUUCUCCCAGAGCUUCGUGGGCACGCCGAGCACGCCCCGCGACCUGAGCCGCGUGCCGGCGCGCGUGAGCGCGGAGUACUUGGAGCGCCUCGGACCCAAGGAUUCCGAUGUGCCCUUCGACGGCACGUCGGCGACUGGCCCGGGCGCCGCCGUGGAGUUCAAGAAGAGGCCCUUUGGCAUCCUGCGCUACCAGCCAGGCAACGGCAUGAAGGGCGCCAUGGCCAUGGAGAUCAUCCCCAAGAGCCGCUACCCGGGCGACCCCCAGGGCCAGGCCUUUGCCUCAGGCGUGCAGAGCGGCUGGGUGGUGGCCUCCAUCAACGGCCAGAACGUGCUGAGCGAGGACUUCGGCAAGAUCAUGGACUUGCUGGACGAUGAGGUGGCGGACCCGCGAUUCUCCAAGUCCACCGCCCUGGCACUGGAGAAGCAGGGCGGACGCAUGGCGGAGCCUGCGGCGGCACCUCUGCAGGUGACCUUCGCUUCCAUCCCAGGCUACGUCUACAAGGGCGCCGAGCUCAAGGAGGACGGCCAGGUGCCCAUUCCCGGCCUGAAGUUUCAGAAGGUCCCUCUGAAACUGCUGUCCCUGGGCUACGCCGCGUCUGCGGAGGGCGGCCUCGAGAAAGGCUCGCUGACAGGGUUCCCCUACUCCACAGACAACUCCGCCGCUCUGCUGCUGGCCUUGCCUCGCCUGGGCGGGCGCAUGACUCUGGGCCUGGAUGCGCCGGCAGUGGGCGGCGACAGCGACGACAGCGGGCACAUGGAGUUGGACUACGAGCAGCGGCUGCCAGGAGAUGGCCUCGCGGCUCUGAAGAUGAAGACCAACGGGGAGUGGGGCGCCAGCUUCCUCCAGGAGGUGGAGGAUGUGGGGGUGGUCAGCGGCGCGCUGAACUCGCAGUUGGAUUGGAAUUUGGAUUUGAACCAGACGUACGAUGCCGUCAGGGGCUUUGUGCCCACUGUGGCUUACGGGGCCACGCAGGACGGCCUCCGAGUGCGCGCGCGCGUGGCAAAAGCCUUCUCGCCGUCCUGGUUCGGGAGCUACGGCCUGCAGAACAUCCCAGGGAAGUACUCUCCUGUGGACUUUGUGCACGACAGCACUGUCACCUUCUCCAAAGGUGCGCACACCAUUCAGGCGGCGGCUGCAUAUGACCGGCAGCUGUUGAAGUCGCCUUUGACGGGCUCCCUGUCGUACGCGUUGCGGACGAGGAUCGCGACGCUGUACGCGGCUCUUGACAGCCAGCAGUACCGACUAGCGGUUGCAGCUGGCCACAAGCAGAUGACGGCGUCUUUGGGCCGCAAGAACGAGGACGGGCUGCGGCCCUCCUGGCUGGAGCUGCGGCUGGGCAAGGUGGCCGCCACCUUGUCCUCCGACGGCUCCUCCAAGCCCCGGCUGCGCCUCUCCAAGCAGCUUGGCCCGGUCUUUGAUUUGUUGGAUGAGUUGCCCGGAGUUUCGGCCUUUCGUUGUUUCAACGACGCAAUCACUGCGGAUGCUGGACGUGAGAGCGCAGAUGUGGCCUGGAUCUUUCAGCGCACGGAUCAGGAUAAGGCGCUGAAGCGCAUGCGGGAGCGGCGCAUGCUGGUGGGCUUCGACUUUGACUGCACGCUGACAGUCCGGCACUUCUACAAGGUUUUCGCAUGGUGCUAUCCCUGCGGCAGCCACAGCCAUCCCCACUACGAGGCUUUCGCCGAUUGGUGCGAAGAGCGGAAUGUGGAGCCUUCGUUGCAGCUCCAGCUCCCGCGGGGCCAGCAGCUGGAGAUGGAUGGCAUCUUGAACGAGUUCACCAGGAAGUCUGGCGCAGACACCCUCAAGGACCUUCUGCGCGAGGUGUUCUUCGGGGGGGAGGCUCGCAUCAAGCUGGUGGCGGAGUCGCUGAGUCGAAUGCAGCAAGCAGGGGCAGACUUCGGCAUCGUCACUGCGGGAACCUCCACGGGGGUGCUGCGGGUGCUGACGGCGGUGCCUGAGUGGAUGCCUUUCUUCCCCAGCAACCGCAUCUGGGACACCUCCCAGGGCCGGCACUCCAUCGGGUCUGUCGCUGGGCAGAAGGUGCUGAUGCUGCGGGACAUUGCCAGCGCCCAGGCUUAG